AUGGACACCACCUCCGACUGCGCAGUCGUCAACGGGUAUGGAAUACGUGGAUCCUUAGACUUCUCACAAAGAUCGCACGAUAGUCGAAUCGAAUAUGCCAAAGUGGAUCGUACGGAACGACUUCAAUCCUUUCUAGCAGACAAAGGUCCUGGGACUAUGAUGCCUUGCAUGACAGCGUCUUCUGAGAGGUCGUUAGUGAAACACCGCGCCAAAGCAAGUCAGAAAAUCAACGAGACCAUGGCCAAGUUCGAACGUUGA